AUGGAAAAAGAGUUGGAUCCAGUUGUGAUAAAGGCUACGCAAACAACACUUGGAAAAUAUGUGAAACGUCCACCGCUAAGCGAAAAGUUGUUAAAAAAACCACCAUUUAGGUUCUUACAUGAUAUUGUUACAAAUGUUUUAAAGACUACAGGUUUCUUUGAAGGAUUAUUUGAAGAAGAAGAGUUGAUAUCCGAGAAUGUCAAAGAUAGAGAAAGUAAAAUUUUAUUUCUGAAUAAAGUAAUAGCAGUAGUGGGUUCAACGACAGGCAGAGCACUUUCAGUUAAAUCUUCUAAAAUUGUAGCAGGCCAAGAACCCGAAAAGACGAAUGAACUACUGCAGUAUUUAGCACAGGCAUUAGACAAAAAAUUAUCGUCUAAAGAUGCAGUUCAAAAAUACAAAGAAAGUGUUAGUAUAUCAACGAAAUCGGAGGAUAAAAAAUCGAAAGAACCAUCCAGGACACAAAAAAAAACUAGCGAUUCUAAUAAAUUAACAUCCAGAAGCAAUGAAAAAUUAACAACUAAAAAGGAGCCUAGCACUCGAACCUCUAAUAGAAAUGAUGAAAAAAUAAAUGUUAAUAAAUCAAAAUCAAAAGAGAAAAGUAAUAAUAUGACACAAUCUCCUCCCAAAAAAACAACCAAAUCUGUUUCUAAGAAGCCAUCAAUAGAAAAAAUAAUACAUGAAAAUAAGAGUAAUAGUGAAUUACCCAAUACUACUGAAAAUGAACUGAAGUCCAAUAGUUCUAGUGAAAUCACUAUUGUAGCGAAGCAAGAUGAAAUAAAUGAAAAUCCAUCACUAAAUUUAAAUCAUAAGGCUUUAACGGAGUCAAAAGGACACAAUCUUGAUAUGUCUUAUUCAGCAGUAGAUAAUUUGAAUUCAUCUCUACCGUCACAAGAUUUAGUGGAAAACGAAAAUAGUAAAACAAAUGAAGACUUUGUUAAUAGUAAUACUAAUGUAAAAUCAGAAGUAGAAAACAUUGAAUUUCAAAAUGAGAAAACGAAUGAAAAUAUCAGUUAUGAUAUUAAUAUACAUGGUAGUAAAAACAGUACUCUUGCUGAUACUGUAACUGAUAAUCAAGUAGAAAGUACAGAUGAAGUUUUAACAAAAACUAACACUCAGGAAAAUAUAGCUCCAGUAAAAGUGAAAAAUAUAGUUAGACCCUUAAGCGUCCGACCAUCUUCAUCUAGACCGGGCGCACCAAGGCUUAGAGAUAAAUAUGACAAUAUUUCAUCUGAAACAGAAAAUAUCCUCGUGGGUAAAGUGAAUAUAAUUGUUGAAAAUGCAGCAAAUGAAGAUGAGGAAGACACAAGUAUAAUGAUUGUUGAUCAAGAAUUGGAUUCUUCCCAAACUGGACAAGAUGAACAAGAACAGAUGCAAGCAUCGUUUAAUCAUCACGGCCACUUAGUCCAACAAAUACUAAAUUCACAAAAAGAAUAUUCACAAUUGUCGGGAAAAACUGAAAUUGAAUGGGAAUUUGGAGCUCAAAAGGCUAGAGAUGCUGUAAAUAAAGAAAUAGAACAACUAAGAUUUAAUAUCCAAGGUCUAUCGCGAGUAGCCAACCCGCUAGGCAAGCUCUUGGACCAUAUUCAAGAGGACGUUGAAGUUAUGCGACAGGAGCUACAGCAAUGGACAAAAACAUAUGAAGAAGCUUCCAAAGAGCUUUCAAAACAGAAAGCGGCUAAUGAAGAUUCUUUGUUCCCUUUGACUACAAAAGUGAAACAACUCGAUGCAGACAUAGUGGAGAAACAUGACAAAAUUAAUGAUCUCAAAGUAGUAAUACAUAAAAACUCAACUAGAAUCGAAAAAUUACUAGCUAAUGGGAAUGUGCAAUGA